CCGUCUCCUUAAAUCCGAUCCGCGGAUCACCACCACCACCACCAUUACCGCGCCUCCCUCCCUCCCUCGCCCCGCUCUCCCCUGCCUUUCUUGCGUGCCCACCCACCCGCCUCACUCCCAACCACCACUCAAGGUCGGCACUGCCGCUGCGACUUCUUGGCGAGCGCUCGGAUCAGGUUUCACUGCGCGAAGAAGCCGCCGGAUCUUCUCCGAAGGUUGGCCGAGAUCCCGAGUGCAAAUCUGAACCCCGUGCGUCUCCGAGUCUCGGGGGAUUCCAUGCGAGAUUUUGAUUUUGGGGAUCUUUCUUGUUGGAUAACAGUUCAGCGGCCGUCCGAUCUGCGCUCUCUACACCAGUGAUUGCACUUUUUGCUGUUGUACCCUGCUGCGGUUGGUUACUCAGGGUUUGCAUCAAGUCCAAAGAUGACUUUGCGCAGCAUAGUUCGCGAUUUAAGGGAGAGCUUUGGAAACCUGUCAAGGCGGAAUUUCGAGGCGAAAAUCUCAAGCGUCCCAAGCCUUUCGGGCCAUCACAGAGGGAAAUCGCUUGAAUCUGCAAGUGAUCUGCAGGAUAGUCUUGUCACAAACCUGCAAGGCAAUUGGGCUAGCCUUCCUCCUGAAUUACUUCGGGAUGUGAUGAAAAGGCUGGAGGAAGACGACAGCAAUUGGCCAUCCCGCAAGGAUGUUGUUGCUUGCGCUUCUGUCUGUACAACUUGGAGAGAGAUGUGCAAGGAUAUAGUGAGGAACCCAGAAUUCUGUGGAAAGCUCACCUUUCCUGUGUCCCUUAAGCAGCCCGGAUCUCGAGAUGGAUUGAUCCAAUGUUUCAUCAAAAGGGACAAGUCAAAGCUAACUUAUCGUCUCUACCUGUCCCUUACUUCUGCUGUGCUUGAUGACAAUGGCAAGUUCCUACUGUCAGCUAAAAGGAGUCGGAGAACAACUUACACCGACUAUGCCAUUUCUAUGGAUCCUAAAAAUAUAUCCCGGUCAAGUAGUGGCUACAUCGGGAAAUUGAGGUCAAAUUUCCUCGGCACCAAAUUCAUCAUCUACGACACGCAGCCGCCCUACAAUGCCAGUAAACUCUGCCCGCAGGAACGGACCAGCCGGCGGUUCUCCUCCAGGAAAGUCUCCCCAAAAGUUCCAGCUGCAACUGGCAGCUACCCGAUCGCUCAGGUGAACUAUGAGCUGAACGUGCUCGGCACCCGCGGGCCAAGGCGGAUGCAGUGCACCAUGAACUCCAUCCCGACAUCGGCGGUAGACCCCGACGGCGUUGUGCCUGGCCAACCCAAGGAGCUCCUCCCCCGGCUAUUCGAGGAAUCCUUCCGCACCACCGCAAGUUCCAGGUACUCCACAGACUUCAGCAGCUGCCGCUUCUCCGAGUUUGGGGGAGGGCCUCUGAGAGAAGAAGGCGGCGACGAAAAUGCGGGAGACAAGGAGAGCCCGCUGGUUCUCAAGAACAAGUCGCCCAGGUGGCACGAGCAGCUGCAGUGCUGGUGCCUCAACUUCCGGGGGCGCGUCACCGUGGCCUCGGUCAAGAACUUCCAGCUGAUCGCCGCCCCUGCCCCGCCACCGCCAGCCUCCGGAGGAGAGGCGGCUCCCGAGCCGUCUUCACAGACGCAACCGCCCCAGCAGCAGCCUACCUCUGCUGCCGCACAGCCGCAGCCUGCUGGCAGUUCCUUGUCGGCGUCCUCGUCCUCGAGCCACCAUGACACGGUGCUGCUGCAGUUCGGCAAGGUGUCCAAGGACACCUUCACCAUGGACUACCGGUACCCGCUGUCGGCCUUCCAGGCCUUCGCCAUCUGCCUGACCAGCUUCGACACCAAGCUGGCGUGUGAGUAAAUAAACAGAUUCUCAGUACAACAUCAGCCGUCAUUGAGUACCGUCUCUCCGUCGAGAUUCCGCGCCCGGGCCUGGGAACGGAAAUGAAGGGAACGAACGAAUGCAUCAAGUGCAUGAGCAAAAUUCUCUGCAAAUUGUUGGUUCAGUUUCAGUCCCCCCAGUGUGCUGGUUAAAGCUGUUAUCAAUUGGGUAAAGCUGGUAUCAAUAGGUAGGGGAGAUGAUGUGCUUGUUAAAGCUGUUGAUAGGGUUAGGGGCUGAAGGUGUCUGUGGUUCAGGGACAGGCUUCCACUAAGGAUGUGAUUGAUUGCUACCUAUGCCUGUAUGAUGCUGCCUCUGCCUGGGACUGGUAUGAAAUGUGAAGAGAUGUCGAGUUACAAGGUAGUACUAGUGAUGUUGUGGUCUUGCAAGGUUGAGUUGUCCUGGUCUCUCAGUCUCGGGCAUUGUAAUUGUACCUGUGGGUGCCCAGACAGCAACAUGUAGUGGAAGUUACUGCUGAAUGCUGGACUGAUGUGACCAUGGAUGUAUGAAAUCUUGAUUAGUCAGUUGAUUUGCUUGCUUGCA